AUGCAAGUUGAAAAUCAAGCUCUCCAAGCCAACAAUAACACUUGGGUACUCACUGAGCUGCCACCUGGGAAAAGUCCUAUAGGUUGCAAGUGGGUCUACAAAGCUAAACUGAAAGCAGAUGGAUCUCUAAAAAGAUACAAGGCAAGGUUGGUUGCCAAAGGAUAUACACAACAGUUGGGAGUUGAUUACAUUGAGACAUUUUCCCCCGUAGCUAGGAUGACAACAAUCAUGACCUUCCUAGCAGUUGCUAUGAUCAAAGGAUGCUUUCAAAAUAACAAACCAAACCAGGUUUGCAAGCUGAUCAGAUCAUUAUAUGGCCUCAAACAGGCAAGUAGGCAAUGGAAUGCCAAAUUAACUUCAGCUUUACAAACCAUUGGGUUUGUGCAGUCUAGAUCUGAUCCAUCCCUUUUUACUAGAACUGGCAGCAGCUUUAUGGCCUUUCUCAUCUAUGUUGAUGAUAUCUUGGUAGCCAGCAAUGACGUGACAUCAAUACUAGAUUUGAUGAAGUUCCUAGACAGCACAUUCAAAAUAAAAGACCUAGGGUCUUUGGGAUACUUUCUAGGAAUAGAAGUCCUCCGGAAUGAUGACAUAUUAAAUCUUUGUCAAAAGAAGUACACCUUGGAUAUCUUUGAGGAGAAUGGAUUUCUUGAAUGUAAGCCAGUCAGCACUCCAAUGGUUCCAGAUCAGCACUUAAUACAUAAUGAUGCGGUUCUUGUGAAAGAUGCUAGCUUUUAUAGGAGGUUGGUUGGGAGGCUACUUUUAUUGCCAGCUACAAGACCUGACAUAGGGUUUGCUGUGAAACAAUUGAGUCAGUUUAUUGAUACUCCUACAGAGAAGCAUAUGGCAACAGCACACAGAGUUCUGCGAUACCUCAAAGCAGCUCCUGGAAAGGGAUCUCAUACUCCUCACAAUCAUCUCUACAUCUACAGAAAAUCUAUUACAGGAUAUUGUGUUUUCUUGGGGGAGUCACUCAUAUCCUGGAAAUCCAAAAAGCAACCCACAGUGUCUAGGUCUUCAUCAGAAGCUGAAUAUAGGGCCUUGGCUGCCACAGUCUGUGAAAUCCAAUCGCUGAAAUACCUUUUACAGGACUUACAAAUCAAGCUAUGCAAACCAACCACUUUAUACUGUGAUAACAAGUCAACAGUGGGAAUUGCGGAAAAUCAUGUUUUUCAUGAGAGGACCAAGCAUAUAGAGAUAGACUUCCACGUUGUACGAGAAAUGGUAAACAAAUGA